AUGGUGGUUGUGGGAAAACCAAUUCAAGAUAACAACAUCCAAAAAUGUGAUAACCUAAACAGUGAUAACCUAAGCAUUGAUAACCUAAACAGUGAUAACCUAAACAGUGAUAACCUAAACAGUGAUAACCUAAACAGUGAUAAUCUAAACAGUGAUAACCUAAACAGUGAUAACCUAAACAGUGAUAACCUAAACAGUGAUAACCUAAAUAGUGAUAACCUAAACAGUGAUAAUCUAAACAGUGAUAACCUAAACAGUGAUAACCUAAAUAGUGAUAACCUAAACAGUGAUAAUCUAAACAGUGAUAACCUAAACAGUGAUAACCUAAAUAGUGAUAACCUAAACAGUGAUAAUCUAAACAGUGAUAACCUAAACAGUGAUAACCUAAACAGUGAUAACCUAAACAGUGAUAACCUAAACAGUGAUAACCUAAACAGUGAUAACCUAAACAGUGAUAAUCUAAACAGUGAUAACAUAAGCAGUGAUAACCUAAGCAGUGAUAACCUAAACAGUGAUAACCUAAAUAUCGAUAACCUAAACAGUGAUAACCUAAAUAGUGAUAACCUAAAUAUCGAUAACCUAAACAGUGAUAACCUAAAUAGUGAUAACCUAAACUGUGAUAACCUAAAUAGUGAUAACCUAAACAGUGAUAACCUAAAUAGUGAUAACCUAAAUAUCGAUAACCUAAACAGUGAUAACCUAAAUAGUGAUAACCUAAACUGUGAUAACCUAAACAGUGUAACCUAA